AAUCGGCAUUACUUCGAUUCGCUUGUCUUCGAGUUCUAAGUCAUUAAUACGUAUCUUAGGCUCCAGGUUCUCACCAUCAUCGGACCUCCUGUCAUGUCCGGACUCCGAGUCGAGCUUCUGUCAGUGAACACCCAGUAACUAGCCGUUAUUGAUUGGGGUGAUUAAAGUCAGCUGAGUACCGACCAUGACCUCACCUUUCUACACUAUCAUUGGGACGCCAUUCAGCACCUUCACCCGAGCUAUCGCUCUCAGAUUGACUCGCAAGGGGAUGCCCUUCACCCAAGUUAGAUGUGUUCCACACUCGAACACAGCAUAUGACAACCAUCCAUUCGGGUUUCUGCCCACCUUGAUCAUCCACGGAAUUGAUGGCAAAACAAUUAACCUGAUGUUGCGCGAGAGUAUAGCUAUCGCGCGCUACAUUGACAAGGUUGCACCAGAACCCAGCUUGCAUAUUUCCCCAGGUCGUGGGAAGGCCAUCAUCGAGGAACAGAUGUGGGAGUUUGUUUCCCUGCUGUCGAGAAAGGGGUCAUUGCUCGGUAAAAUGGAAGAACUAAUGGCAAACGAGGGCUACGUGUUCGGAAGCAAGCUGAGCUUGCCGGACUUCUUUUUGUUCCCGCUGCUUGCAGAUCUGAAAGCAAUCCCGGAGGGCGAAUUACUUUCUCCAAAAAUGCUGAACUGCAUGGAGGAAAGGAAUAAGAUGGAGGCAAGGCCCCCCUAAUCACCCAGCUCGAGCAGUGCAGGAAUUUCCUGUGAAUGGAUCUCGAAUCUGUGUUAAAUGGAGAAGUCAACUUUCGAUCUAAGCAUUCGUGGAACUAUUCAGGCAAUCUUCAGCUGACAUAUCGUAAAUCUUGAGAAUGUUGCAAUCUCCUUCCCAUUACUGCUUCGCGCAUAAGGAGUAAUUUCAUUAUCAACUGUUAAAAUAUCAUAGACGCGCUUCCGCAAUGCAACGCUGCACUGCCAUUACAUUAUCUGUCGCCG